AUGACUCUGCCGAACUUGUCUGAGGGGAUGGCGCUCGCAUCUUUCCAAAAUGGGUUGAGUAGGGAUGGUUCAAGAGCAUCUAGAAAACUGUUGAGCCGAUUGAUGAAAUAUCCCCCAACACUUUGGGAUGAGAUCCAUAAUGAUUAUUGUGCUGAAGUUCGAGAAGAUGAGGACGAUCUCAACAGACCUACCUAUCGACUCAUCUCGGUGCAAGCCGAGUCCAGAAACAAUCUAUGCUCUAGAGAAGCUUGGAACAAAGGUAAAGUGGCCGUCAAAGAUGAGGAACGUGGGCACAAAACAGAAGAUUUCAUCUCUCUCCAGCAAGAAAUCGUAAACAUGUUGCGGCAGGGACACCUCAGAGAGCUGCUAAGUGACAAAGGGAGAUAUAACUUCGGUAGAGGAUGUGAACACCAAGGUCCGCCAAAGCCACGAUCACCAGCUUGUACUAUCAACAUGAUCAUCAGGGGUGGGGAUGACGUCUCCAUCAACGGCGUGAACUUCACCACCACUCACAAGCUAAAGCGAUCUAUCACCCUCGAACGGUACAACAUGCUCGAAGAAAGUAUCACCUUCGAUGAGUUAGAUGCCGACGGUUUGACUUUCCCUCAUAACGAUUCCAUCGUCAUUACUUUACGCAUUUUAGAUACUGAUGUCAAACGUACCAUGUGGGACGAUGGAAGUGGAGUAUGCAUUAUCCAUCCCCGAGUCCUCGCCCAAAUGACACUUGAGGACAAUAUAGUGCCACGCUGCAUCACGCUAAUCGGUUUUAAUAAUGCAGUUGAGCGGAUAUCAGGAGAAAUUACACUCCCCGUCUUGGCCGGAGGCGUGACUCUAGAGAUGACAUUCCACAUCAUGGACCACUCCACCGCGUACAAUGCCAUAGUGGGACGACUGUGGAUACAUCCCAUGAGAGCCGUCCCCUCUAGCCUAUACCAAGUAAUUAAAUUCCCAACACCAUGGGGAAUAUUCAGCAUACAUGGAGAACAGUGUACGCCCAGGGAGUGCUACCGCAUUGCCUUAAUCAGCACGAUAACCCAACGAAAAAAAGACAAAGAAAAAGAGGCAUAG